ACACACUCCGCGGACGACCCGACUUGGAACAUACCCGAGAUCGCAGUUCGACUUGCUUACCAGCACCCGUACUAGCACGAUUUCCACAGCUUCCACAACUAUCAAACCAACCCGGGCCCGGGAAAAUGUGGGGUCGAUGGGAACUUCCACCUCGACGAUCCCCAUAUGUUGGGCAGCACAGGCUUGAGCACAGGAAACCACUCUUCGGCCGCUUGUGCACCCAGUUGCAUUGACAGCUUCAACAACCACUGCGUCAGCUUCGCCUCUCACAAUACCGAUGCUGGAAUCAUAUGUAGAUUUUUCGACGUCGGGUUUGGAGCGGUGCUAUUCGUCAUGACCGACGAUGAGCCUCCCUACCCCUUGGACCCUUGGACAACUGGACGUUUUACGAAAGCUGGUAUUUUCCGGGUCACUCUACGACAAAAAAUAUUGACAAGUGGAACGCCAGUCGUGACCAUGUGGGCUGGGAAUGACCUUGCGGGAGGGAAUGGGACAGCGACUCAGAGGACAACGUCCUGUGCGACUCAGUUUGUUGGUGCUUCGAAUCAGGGAGAUGUUCGAUUGAUGGGUUUGGGGGGUUUUGUUGUCCUUUUGGCGUUGGUUUUAGGUCUUCUUUAAAUGCCGUGUUUGAGAUUGUCUUGGGCAUUGAGCUUCAACCUGUAGUUUUACGGUGAAGACCGAGUAGUGUUUGCUUUGCCGUACCGAUUUCAAAACACGUUCCUUCAUUUACCAUUUCUAUGUGCACAAUGUCGAAGAUCCAGCACUAUCGGCAUGGACUAGGAUGCUCCUUCGAGCCGCUCAUCUUUGAGAAGUAGUCAUGAGACAAUUCCUCACAAGAAACAUCUUCCACCUUCG